AUAAGCUCCCAAAAUGUCAAAAUCAGCUGUGAUGUCAUAACAGUGACACAUGUUAUCAAACAAAAACCUUUCAUGUUUUUGCACGCAAUGUUUUAUCCCAAUUCGAGUCGGAAAUGGAUCAUUUAAUUGCAAGCCUUGAUAAGCUCCUGAAAUACAAAACCGAGGAUCCUUCCCGUUUUUACACCUUUUUGAGCGAUUGUGGGGAAACUGAUGACAAACAAUGGGAGAGUUUGAUCCCCAAGAUUUAUUAUUUGUACGAGAGACAAGUUUUACGCAAGGAUCUCGUUUACUUGUCUUUGUUGGCGAGCCAAAAUCACGCUCUUUUAGGGAAAUUCAUCGAUUACGAUAAGUCUAUUUACAGUUUAGAUGUCAGUGAUCCAGUCUCACUUUACGAUUAUCAUGUUUACAAGAAGCAACAUUGGGUUUAUGAGAUAAUUGACAAUCCUGGCAAUUACCCCAAACUUGUUGAUUUGAAAAAUAUUUACAACAAAUUCCAGAUGAUAAAAUUCGUUAAAGAGACAAACUUGUCUGUUGUUGAAAUCGACCAGCUUGAGAGCCUCACCAGAGAGAUAAAUUUCGAGUUUUUGGACGAUUUUUGGAAAUUUUACGUCGAGGAGAUAACGCGAUUUAUCUCGACUGUAAAGUUUUGUAAAACUCUAAAAACAGAUGCAAACGACUCAGAUUUAUUUGUUUUCGCGAGUAAAAACACACCACUUGACACUUUAUCACGUUUCACCGAUUUGGGCGAUGCCACACAAUGGGAAAACAUUUCGAGUAAACUCGCUUGUAAUCACGACCAAUUUAUCAUUUUCACCGGCUUUACAAUCCUUGCAACUUUGAUCAACCUCCUAAUCGACAAUUACAACCCAAACUUGAAAAAAGACCACAUUAAUGCCCUUUUCGAGACCCUCAAAAGCAAACUAAUCGACUUGAAAGACAAGCAAUUACAGAUCGAAUUACUCGAAAAUAUCUUCCGGUUGAUGUUCCACCGAAAAGCGCACGAAUUCACCUGCAAAGAGAAGGAAAUCCGCUUUGUUUUAUUUCUACUAAAAUCAGUAACAGAAGAAUUAAAACUGAAAAAAGUCUACGAGCGCGAUUCGGACCACUACCGGAGACUCUCCACUCUCAGUAAUUACGUAACCGACGCUUUGUGGCGUCUCGAUUUGAUCCUCAAUACGAAAAUCACCCCAAAAAUCCAAGAACAACUCCUCAAUUAUAUGCUAGCACCCCCGGAGUCCCUCAUCCACAUCUGUCUCAAACGCCAGAACUUCGAACGGGCCCACCAGGUCAUCGAGAUUUUCGAUCUAAGGGACUCUGAUCUCGCGAAUGAGGUCAACUACGCGGAAAUUUUCCUCAAAUUUCGAAAAACCCCCCGGAAAAACGCCAAAUCGGUUGUUGAGUUUUUCGAAUCGAACUCUCCACACGAUUUAUUUACCAACAUCUUCGACCUUGCGAUCACCGGCACCCAGACGUGGGACCAAUCCGAAAUUUUGCUCAACCUCUCCGGGGAAAAACUCAACUCAGAUGAAACUCUCUCAAAUUUCUACAAACGAGUCAGCGAAAUCGGACACGAGGUUGGCCCCAAAGACAACGUUUCCCUUCCCGAAAUCUUAAUUUCUCCAAACUACCCCUUGGAUGUGGCCAGCUACAGGGCCAAAGAGGCGUUUUUUGAGGAUUUAGCCCGACUUUACGACGAGUUUAACACCCAAAAUCGCCCGAAUGACCCCGGAAAUUUCAAUAAAAACCACCCGAAUCACAAAACCUUUCUCAAAAUGAACGACUUGGUCGUCAAAUACUUGCAAGACCGGGAAACCACCCAGUAUUUGCUCCGGAUUUUCAACUACUUGAAAGCUUUCUCGAAAAUUUUGUACAUCGAACAAAACAGCUCGGACAUCAUCUCCAAGGGGAAAAACACCUCAUAUUUCGAUAUUUUCAACUUCAAUCGCUCGGAAUUGACCGGAAAAUUGCUCUUCGAGCGCCAAUUGGACCCCACGGAGUUCGAAAAGUACUUCGGGAAGCUCAAACUGGACUUUUUGUACCACGUCGUGGGGAACUGUUUCCCCACGAUUAAUCUCCACGUCCAGGAAAACGUCACCAUCGAGGAGUUGUACCACGACAACAUGCUGUAUAUUCCGAGUCGGAGCAUCAUCAUCUACAUCCAGAAACGCAACUGGUUGCUUGCGUUUAUUUUGAACGAAAUGUACAAAGUGGAAGGGGUGAAAAUCGACAUCAGUGAAGUGCGCUUAAGGACAUUCUUCAACUACCUAAAAUCGCCCCGAAUCCAGCACUUGAAGGCGAUUUUCGACAAAAACGACAUAAUUGCAGCGUUACAAAACUGCAUAAAUGCCCAGAAAGUCAAGUUGUAUUUCCGGGAACGCAUCGUCGAGCAUGAUUUAGUCUCGAUUCAGUCGCAAAACAGCAGCAAUUCGGACGGUUUUGAAACCGGUGAAGAGAUCCAAGAAGACGCCAAAACGACCAAUUGGAGGACUUUGUAUGACAUCAUCGAGAGCAUCCCCGAAAACCAGAUGAAGAAAAAGUCAGAUUUGAUCAUUUGCAAGGACAACGUUUUGGUCAACAUGGUCCAGGAUGGCUUUGAACCCGAAUAUUACAAAUACGCCUAUUUUAUUGCAAACCGGGAUUUGCGAAUUGACACCAUUUUGAAUAAUUUCAAGAAAUGGCCCGGGAAAUUUGCUGGUGAUAUAAUCAAAAGUGAGAUUAGUCGUUUCGAUUGUCUGAUGGAUUCGAAAAUGGAGACGUUGCGUGAUUGGUUGCAACAAAUCGAGCUGAACGAAGAGCUGAAAAACGUGUUUGAGGUGAAAUCGUGGUACAAAAGCUACAACUUUUGCAGGGAGAUGCCCGAAAAUGCCCUAGAUAAAAUCCUACAAACGAAUAAUGUUGACUUUUUGCUGGAUUUUAUCCAGUUGUACCAACCUUCGACCGAAAUCCUCUGUAACAUCAAUUCGAGUUACUUGAGCCGAAUAAUGGACCUGAAUACACCUCUGGACCGAAUAAAAAAACUUCUCGAUAGUUUACCCUUCGAGCACGCCAUCGACAUGUGCCACAACUUACUCACAAUUCUCCGAAACUUGGAAUAUUUACAAUUCGUUGCCGAUUAUUUAAACACCAACGUUUCAGACGAUUUAUUCCUGAAAAAUGUCCAAAUCAGUCUGAAAAUGCUAUCGGUUUUCGCGCCUCUGGAACAAGACCAACUUUUCUGUCUCCUAAACGAGCCUUUGAGCAUCCUCGAAGUGCUCCUAAUGAACACAAAACUGGACAAACUUGCUGCCAUUUUGCACUUGCUCAACACACAACACAAUCUGAGUGACUUCACCGAUGUCAUAACUACUGAAAAAAUUGACGAGCUUUUGCGGAAAUACGCCGAAAAGAGUUUAGAUUUCCGGGUUAUCACACACCCAAAUCCGGGCUUGUUUAAAACACCGGAACCGAAAUUAUUACAGUCGUUGGAUUCGCUUAGUUUGAUGUCGGAUAAGCGCCAGUUUGUGGUCCCCGAAAACGUGCCAACGAAGGAGGAGUGGGUGCAAAACGACGAAGUCGUCGAGUGCAUGUGUUGCCACCAGGUGGCUUUUUCCAUGUUCAAUCGCCGCCACCACUGUCGGAGGUGUGGCCGUGUGGUGUGCUACAAUUGCUCAUUGAAGAGGAUGUUCGUCCCCAGCUAUGGCGAUAUUUUAGUGAGGGUUUGUUCCGAUUGUUAUAAUCAAACAAUUGGCGAGAAAAACGACAGCAAUUCGGAGAAAAGUCGCUCUUUUAUCCAGGAAUAUUGGCUCUUGAACGACGACCCCGAACAUAAUAAAAUCAUAAGAGAGGAGUUCUCCUACGAACACGCCCCUAGCACAUCGCUGUGCUUCUCAAUCCUGAGAUAUCAUUCCAAAAGCGUCGAAUAUCCGAAGUUUUUAUUGGAGCAAUGCGAAGUUAUGUUGAAGUUAUUGCAACCGAAUCAAGAAGUGGCCCAAGAAAUCGACUAUCUCCUCGUUAUCAAAAUGCUAAAAUCACUCGCAACUGCGGCUAAAAUGGUCUCGGCGGAAAAUAUGCUCCAAUCGGGAGCUUCCAUGGCCGACCGGAUUCUCUAUCAAACUGAACUUUUAGCUCUAUUGGCCGAACGCGGGUGUUUGAGUCUCAUGCCCAGUCAAAAUAUCUAUGUCGAUGCUAAUGUUUUGCGACGAUUGCGCGAUAAACUGCUCCAGAGGGAGCAGUGGAACCUGGCCCUGGAGGUUUCCACCAAAGCGGGCCUUGACAAUACCGGGGUUUUCGCCGCCUGGGGGAAAAGUUGCCUCAAGGCAGGUAGUCUCCUCCUCGCCCGCGAAAAAUUCCAAAGAUGUCUUGACAAAAACAGCCAAUACGAAACAUCCUCAAAUUUGAGCCGACUUUCCGAACUCAAUUCUAGCCUAGACAGUUUGACUUUCCCUCGAUCGAGGAUAAGUUCAAGAGUGUCCAGUGGUAGCUUCACUUCGGAGAGUAAACCCCUCAAAGAUCCGCCCCUCUUGUACGAAAUCAUCCAAAUUCUGGAAACCAAAACUCGAACAAUAAACCCGAAAGUAGUCGAAAAGGCCCAAAGUGUGAAAAUCUCCGGCUCGGUGACAAGUCUCAACCAACUACCAUACACCGUCCACAUUGACACGGCUUUAAGCAUCGUAAAUCGGGUGAAAAACCUGAAGGAAAUCGCUUCGGGGAACUACUCCCUAACCGGGAGUAAAAAAUUCAAUUGUUGCACAAGUCGGCCGACUAUAGACCCGAUUUUCUACGACGAGUGUAUCUACUAUUUGGGGAAAUACGGGACGCAUUUAUCGCUCCUGGAGUUCUACAUCAGACACGGGGAGAUCCACACUGCCCUCAUCUACAUCCUCGAGUGCCAUCUACCGAGCGAAACCUUCAUCGAGGUCUACAUGAAGUGUCUCAAGGACGGAAUGGUCGCAAUUUUGCAAGAACACAUGUCACGGAUCGACUCCUCGCUGGAAUUGUGGAAAGACCACUUGAAGAAUUUGUGUCGCCACUUGGAGAAACAGCAAUUAUUGAACAGUUUGUACCAAUUGCAACUCUACAUCGGCGACUAUGUGCGCGCCUCCAUGACCUGCAUCCGAUUUUACCAAGACGGCGUCAAAACCUUCACCGAGUUGGCGAACAAUGUGGGGUUUUUGCACAAGGGGGAGGAGCACCUGAGGCAGAUUCUGGAGCAGGAGCAAUGGGUGGAGGUGACGUCAGUGACCAGCAAAGACAGCUUCGAGGAACGACUCCUCACCAAUUCCGAUUUGGUCAUGAAAAUCGAGACCAAAGACGUCAAUCGACACAUAAACACCGUCAAAAGACAAGUGGAAGUGAUGAAAUUUUUGGCCGAGCGUGAGGCGUCAGGAGUCAACACUCGCGACUUGAUUUUGGCCAAGGAUGAGCCCAUUCCGACUCUCUUCGGCUCGACUUUGGAAAAAAUCAAUUUGGCCGUGUUGGCUAUAAUUAGUGGGGAAGCGGUCGAGGACGGGUUUAAUUUAGCCACAAAGAUCAUUGAGGAUUUUAAAUUAAGACCGAUCAAGGUUUAUUGUUUAGCUGGGAAACAGUUGGCGAAAUCUGAGCGGUAUAACGGAAUUACGCAGUUAGUUAACUGUAUCAAAUCGACGGGAAUUAACGAUUCUGCUAUUUCGGACAUGUUGGAUGAAAUGCUAGCCCAUGCUGUGGGGACUUUGAUCAAGGAGAAUGUCGGGGGGACCAAAGUCGAGGAUUUGAUCAAACUCAUCAACGAUAAGGCCACAAAGAUCUCUGCAUACAUCGAAGCUAAACAAUUAAAGACAGCGUAUUUCCUCGCUGUUAAGUACAAACGCACCGCUGAUAUUAGGAGGAUUCAAAGGGAGGCCGAGUUGUUAAACAUGCCAACAAUUAAGGCACUAUGUCAGAAAGUGCUCCAAAACUCGCCACACACUUCCAAAGACUAAGUUUCCUGAAAAAUAAACCAGGCUGUGAUGUUACCAAAUCUAUUUUUUUAUUAUUAGUAAGUAAAUAAACUUCGAAAAAAGUGUUUGAUACUCAGCAACCUAAUAUCACAAAUAAAAUCAUAUUCUAGUU